GGCAGUCACACCGGUGCUACUGCCCACGGUCACCGCGCUACCACUGUAAAUCUCGCAGAGCCCUCUAGGGAAACCCACAUCCUCAAGGCGUGACGAGGAAGCCGAGGCACACAAAGGAUCAAGGGAUCACGGAGCCGGACACACCGUUUAUUCCCGAAAACCCCGAAUGCGAGCCCGGCGGCUUCUCUCCAGCCUCCGCGUAAACAAAACAGGCGCCGGCGCUCUGCUCGCCCAGUCCGUGCCGGAAGUGCAGGUGCAUUGUGGGAAGCGGCCCGGUUGGAGACGGCAGCCUAACUGAAAAGGGCUGGAACUUAAUGGCUGUCAUCCACUCUCGAAAGCUUGAAACGGGUGCGAAGGAAGCUGGGAGUUCAGGCCAGCAAGACCAUUUCUCGGAAGUUCACAGUCGCUCAGGCGUCGCAGGCCGCCCGGGUCCUCCAGAGUGAGCGAGAGCGGCGUCUCUAUGGUCAAGAAGAUAUAGAGCGGCCCUCUCUUGUCCGCAGGUGAGACUGCGCAUGUGCAGAAGCUGCGCACCGGAACGAUGGCGGAGGAAGGGGAAAGGAAAAAGAUCCCUUUGGUUCCAGAAAAUCUCCUGAAAAAGAGGAAGGCUUACCAGGCUCUCAAAGCCACCCAAGCAAAGCAGGCACUUUUGGCAAAGAGGGAGAGGAAAUCAAAAGAAUUCAGGUUUAAGCGACUGGAAUCAUUUGUACGUGAUUCCUGGCGGCAGCGGCGUGACGAUGUGCGGGUCCGGCGACUACAAGUGAAGCCUCGUGCAUUGGAAGUGCCUGAUAAACACUCCUUGGCCUUCGUUGUGCGCAUAGAGAGGACAGAAGGAGUGAGUUUAUUGGUACAGAAGACCAUAGCAAAACUUCGCCUGAAGAAAUUGUUCAGUGGUGUCUUUGUCCUUGUCACCCCUCAAAGUGUGAAGAUGCUGCGCACAGUGGAGCCAUAUGUGACCUGGGGAUUUCCAAAUCUGAAGUCUGUCCGGGAGCUCAUCUUGAAACGUGGCCAAGCCAAGAUUAACAAUAAGACUGUCCCUCUGACAGACAACACAGUGAUUGAGGAGCACCUGGGGAGAUUUGGUGUCAUUUGCCUGGAAGACCUCAUCCAUGAAAUUGCCUUUCCGGGGGAGCAUUUCCAGAAGAUCUCUUCGUUCCUGUGCCCUUUCCACCUCUCUGUGGCCCGUCAUGCCACCAAGAAUAGGGUGGGGUUCCGCAAGGAGAUGGGCUCUCCUGGCUACCGGGGCGAACGCAUCAAUCAGCUCAUCCGCCAGCUGAACUAGAGGGGGCCAGGAUCUCCACAGGCACAGUGCACUGGAAGAGUGCUUUCUGUUAUUUAAAAUUAUCAAGUAUCUUCAGAGAAGAUUGUUUUCUGCCUUCAGCACCUGGAAGGAAGAGGCCGGAGAGACGACAGUAGGGUGUGAGCAUUGCAAACCUCAGCACAGCCCAGUUCCAUGGAAAAGGACUUCAUUCUCUACAGUGGCUGCCCCUGCCUCCAAAACCAAUGCAGACCAUGGAGGAAAGAGUUGCCCUGCUUUGUCCUAUAUAGUAUCUUGGUGUCUAAUGUUGGAUGGGCAAGUAAUCCAAACAUCCCUCCCACCCCUUCCAGGACUAAAGCAAUGGACCUGACCCAGGGGGAUACUUGAACCUGGAAGAAAAGUGUCUUUUUUUUUUUUUUUUUUUUUUUGUGGUUUUUCGAGACAGGGUCCUGGAACUCGCUCUUGAAGACCAGGCUGGCCUCGAACUCACAGAGAUCCACCUGACUCUGCCUCCCAAGUGCUGGGAUUAAAGGCGUGCGCCACCAACGCCCGGCUUGAAAAGUGUCUUAUAUUUGUCA